AUGAUCUCUGCUCUGUGCUCGACGCCUGUGGUAGGACAAGUAGUCGAUGUCAGAUAGAAAUCAUCAUCAUCAUGGACCACCAGGCUGUUAGCGCCUUACAAGCGCAAGCUCUGAAAAGGAAAGAAAAGUUAAAAGCCCUCAGAGAGCGACAGCUACAAGGGCGGGAACAAGCAGAAGGAGAACCUGAUUGCAAGAGACCAGCAGAAGAAGUAGAAACAGAAGAAAGACACAGAGACCUGAAGCUGAGAAACUACACUCCAGAAGAUGAAGAGCUAAAAGAAAGGCAGGUGCCCAAAGCUAAACCUGCAUCAGUGGAAGAUAAAGUUAAAGACCAGCUGGAAGCUGCAAACCCAGAACCUGUUAUAGAGGAAGUGGAUCUGGCCAAUUUAGCUCCGAGAAAACCAGACUGGGAUCUGAAGAGAGAUGUUGCAAAAAAGCUGGAAAAACUGGAGAAAAGAACCCAGAAAGCUAUUGCUGAACUUAUCAGGGACAGGCUGAAGGGGAGUGAAACAGAGCUAGCUGCUGCUGUUGGAGCAGUCAAUGUACAAGAGGUGGAUUCGGACUGAGCCUGCGUUCUGGAGAUGAGAGUUGUGUGUAAUGCAAAUCCUUCUGGAAGAUGAGGGAAAAUAGCAUGCAACAUGAACUGGGAUGCUGAGCAUCAUUGUUUAGAUCUGGUCUGGUCGUGUGUGUGUGAAUGAUUAAGCCUGGGAGAGUGUAUUUGUUAGUGUGUGUGAGAGAGGGAAAGAGAAUGAAAGAAGAUAGUGAUGUACAAAGAUUUGUAUCUGGUAUCUUGUACCUGUAAUCAAAUUAGAUUUCCGUUCUUACAUACUUAAAUAAAAUAUUUUUUUGUCUA